AUGGUUAAAGCUGCUGUUCUCGGUGCCUCUGGCGGAAUUGGCCAGCCUCUCUCUCUCCUCCUGAAAGCCUCUCCCCUGGUUGAUGAGCUUGCUCUUUACGAUGUCGUCAACACGCCCGGAGUUGCUGCUGACCUCUCUCACAUCUCCUCUGUUGCGAAAAUCUCCGGCUUCUUGCCCAAGGAUGACGGCCUGAAGCAAGCUCUGACCGGAACGGAUGUCGUUGUCAUUCCCGCCGGAAUCCCCCGGAAGCCGGGCAUGACCCGUGAUGACCUUUUCAAGAUCAACGCAGGCAUUGUCCGCGAUUUGGUCAAGGGCAUCGCUGAGUUCGCCCCCAAGGCUUUUAUCCUGAUCAUCUCCAACCCCGUCAACUCUACGGUCCCGAUUGCCGCUGAAGUCCUCAAGGCUGCCGGCGUUUUCGACCCUCAGCGCCUGUUCGGUGUGACUACCCUGGACGUUGUCCGCGCCGAAACUUUCACCCAAGAAUUCUCGGGCCAGAAGAACCCCUCCGCCGUUAAGAUCCCCGUCGUUGGCGGUCACUCUGGCGAGACCAUUGUUCCUCUUUUCAGCAAGACUUCCCCUUCGUUCCAGAUUCCCGCAGACAAGUACGAUGCACUAGUCAACCGCGUCCAAUUCGGUGGUGAUGAGGUUGUCAAGGCAAAGGAUGGCGCAGGAUCCGCCACUCUUUCCAUGGCAUUUGCCGGUUUCAGGUUUGCUGAGAGUGUUAUCAAGGCCUCCAAGGGCGAGAAGGGCAUCGUCGAGCCUACUUUCGUUUACUUGCCCGGCGUGCCUGGCGGCGAAGCUAUUGCUAAGGCAACCGGUGUUGAAUUCUUCUCUACUCAAGUAGAGCUGGGGGCCAAGGGCGCCGAGAAGGCCAUCAACCUCCUCGAUGGCGUGACCGAACAAGAGAAGAAGCUCCUUGCAGCUUGCACGGAGGGCCUGAAGGGCAAUAUUGAAAAGGGCAUCGAAUUCAUUAAGAACCCCCCACCAAAGUAA